UGAUAACAAGAACUGACUUCAAGUGUGAACUUCUUAUUCUUCAAAGAAGUUCGUGGAACUAGUAGACUUCAGUCGGGACACGGACAAGAGAAGAGAGAGUUAUUCUGUGUGUUAUCUUAUUUUUCGUCGAACAAAUAGUUUCGAGGAAAAAAGCAUCGCUCAGUGAUCUAAAAAGAAAUUAACUCUUUCGUUUUGUAAUGGCGUCGUACAGUCAAGUCUCAAUGGCACUUCAAACUUCAGCAUAUGGCAUUCUCAUACUUCUCUCUCUAGCCGGCAACUCACUCAUCAUUGCAGCAGUGGCAAGGAAUACAAAUAAGCGUAUGCGAACAGUCAGUAAUAUUCUUAUCGUUAAUCUGUGUGUGGCUGAUCUCAUUGUUACUUUGUGCAACAUGCCUGGAAAAAUCGCUCAAAUACACAUAGGACAAAUUUGGCUAGUGAAAGGGAUGUUUGGUUAUGUGCUAUGCAAGGUCAUGGGCUUUGUUCCCUAUAUAGGAGCAACGGUCUCAGCACAUAGUUUUGCUUUGCUUUCAAUUGACCGCUUUGCUGCGGUUUUCUUUCCUAUUAAGAGGCCUAUAACUGGCAAAGUCGUCACAGUGCUUAUAACCCUUACAUGGAUAUUUGUAUUCGGAUUUUACUUCGUUUAUCUCCAUUCUAGCGAGGUUGAGCAAUAUCAAAACAUUACAAAAUGUUCGUUAAACAUUACUAAAGUGUUCCAUACAGAGGAAAACUUUAAUCGUUUCGUGUGCGCGGAGUUCUUCGUCGUCACAGUCAUCCCCCUGUUUAUCUCCGCGGUUCUCUAUACCGCAACAAUGGUCAAACUUUUCAAGAGAAGAAUCCCGGGAAUGGUGACUCCAGCUAAUGCGAGCUACACUUUGCGAGUGAACAGACGAAUCAUGAAGAUGCUGGUCACGGUUUACGCGGUGUUUUUUCUUUGCUGGUGUCCCUCAUGGAUUUGGGUGAUCACGUGUCUGUUCGUCCCCAGCCCUCACGGGAAACGAGCAAUUUGCACCUCAACACAAUAUCACAUCUUCCGCUUUAUUGCUGCGUACUCCAACAGCGCCAUCACGCCCUAUUUGUACCUGAUAUUCAGUGAAAACUAUCGCCGUGGGUGCGUGGACGUUAUUGGCGCCAUAACAUGCUGCAAGCGGGCAAAGAGAGUGAUGCAGAGAGGAAACCAAGUUGGCGUGGCGGUGGCUAUGGAGGGAGGGACUGGGACUCUCCCUGAAACUAGGAGAAGCAUAGCUUUAGAAAGGACUGUUAUCUAAAACCCCUUUUUUUCAAUUUGUACUUGCUUGAUUUCUCGCACGAGUAUCAUAAAUAAGAAGUUGUUUGUGUAAAAAGGGACUUGAAAUACAUAGGGGAGAGGGUCUUCCACCUCUAGCGCCCUUUAUUUUGCGUUCAAGGAAUUUGGAAAAAGAACAAAUCGAUGUCUUAUGAUCAUCAUUAUGAAACACUUUUUAACAAUGUCUCCGAUGUGGAUUUUUCGCGUCGCUUCACUUGGUGCCCUCUCGAUGCCCUAGGAGGCGUCUGAAUAUUGGAAGCGACUCUGUUCUUUUUCUUUGGUGUCUAGAGACCAUAGAAUCUUACCAUAUUUGCCAUUGACAUGGCUAUCUCUCUCCAUAAAUACUCAUUAAACGAAGCAGAGAAGUACAAGAAAAAAAAGCAAGAUAAAAAUGUAUGAUAGCACCAAUGCAAACGGUGUCCUUCCUCUGUAGUCACUAUAACGGGUUGUAAUGAAGUCAUUUCUCAGUGACUCUAUGAGUUCUUCAGUAACCUGAGUAUCAGGCCCUCCUAUGUUUCUAUUUCAGUAGUCGGGCAUAUUUUUAGGAGAUUGCAGAGAGGUCGUCUAUUGCUAAAGCUGUGCAAACGUCAACACGGGUAAUUAGAAUACAAGACUAGAAUUAGAAUACAGACUAAACGCUUUUAGGGUGCUUUAGACUGUUUUGUUGAAAGUAGAGGGUGGCCUACUUGUGGCGGCUGGCUCGCGAAUAAUAUCCUCUCGUAGCUAUUAUUCGCGUGUCAGCGGCUUGCGUAGACCAGGGCAGGGCAGGGGGCACUUAAUUCGCACAAUUCUCUCUUAUGACAAAGGCGUUAAUUUCUCUGCUAGCAGAUGCCUCUUUUCUCUGUAUUUCGCUUGGUUAGAGAAAAGAGGUCUCUGCUAGCAGUGAAGGCGUUAAUUAACACGAGCUGAUUAAAUGGCUGCCGCACAAACUUGGCGGUCUCGUCGCCAUCGACAUCCGGGACAGUUGCUGAUUGCAACCACAGUGAUGUAAAAAAAUGACAAUCAAUCACUAUCUUGUCAACUUAACAUUUGAAACUACAAUGGUGUAUUUGCGAGAAAACCUCAAAAUAAUGGUCCUCAAAUGAAGUACUGCGGUACUUUAUUGACGAUGGUUGUUUGAAAAUAUAUUUGUUCCCCGCAUAACUGAUUAGCUGAUAUUGAAAGGUGCAUAUUUAAGAGUGUGAAAUGGUUUUGUAGGGAAGCCAGAUUAAUGGCGGGCGCGAAAGGUAAAUGCCUUAGGACAAUAGGCGUCUUUCAUCGCUAAACGAAGCCACGACAACAAUACGUUAACAAAUUUAUUACAAAAACUUUAAAUAUCAUUACAUCCUGAUUAAACAUUUCAAACUUG